AUGCCUAACGUUGCAGAAGCAGAAGGGGCAGAUGAUUCUGGAAAUGGUGAGCACAAGUCCGAGAGACGGUCUCCCGAAGAGAGCCUGCAAGGUGCCGUUCAGUCUUUCUGCACCCGCGCCUCCGGAGAACCCCUGGGUCCCAGAGGAGAUGGUCAUUAUCCGUGGGGCUGUCCAGUGACCCACACUCGGGAGAAGAUUUACGCCAUCUGUUCAGACUAUGCUUUUCUCAACCAGGCCACCUCAAUCUAUAAAACUCCAAAUCCAGCCCGCUCUUCUUGCCUCUCCGAUAGUACCUCUUUAUCUGCAGCCAAUAAUUCCUCAAGGUACAUUGGCAUCUCGGCCAGUACUUCGGACAUCAUCUACAAUGAAGAAAACAGCUUGGAGAACUUAUCCAACAGCCUGGGCAAGCUACCUCUAGCGUGGGAAAUUGAUAAAUCCGAAUUUGAUGGAGUGACCACGAAUUUGAAACACAAAUCAGGCAAUGGAAAGAAGCAAGUUUCCAAGAAAAAAACUUCAGAUAAGAAAGGAAGACAUCAAAGGGAGUGGCCUCAGUAUUCUCCUCUUGAAGAUAUUAAGCAGCGGAAAGUAUUAGAUCUCAGACGAUGGUACUGCAUAAGCCGACCACAAUAUAAGACUUCUUGUGGCAUCUCCUCACUAGUUUCUUGUUGGAAUUUCUUAUAUAGCACAAUGGGAGCUGGAAAUCUUCCAUCCAUCACCCAAGAAGAAGCUUUACACAUUUUGGGCUUUCAGCCUCCAUUUGAAGAUAUUAGGUUUGGCCCCUUCACUGGAAACACGACACUUAUGAGGUGGUUUAGACAAAUAAAUGACCACUUCCAUGUAAAAGGAUGCUCAUAUGUUCUAUAUAAGCCUCAUGGGAAGAAUAAAACAGCUGGAGAAACUGCUUCUGGGGCCUUGUCGAAGUUAACUCAUGGAUUGAAAGAUGAAUCAUUAGCUUAUAUCUAUCAUUGCCAAAAUCAUUAUUUUUGUCCAAUUGGCUUUGAAGCAACCCCUGUUAAGGCAAAUAAAGCAUAUAGCAGGGGUCCCCUCACACCACAGGAAGUAGAAUAUUGGAUCUUAAUUGGAGAAUCAAGUAGAAAACAUCCUGCUAUUCACUGUAAAAAAUGGGCAGAUAUUGUUACUGAUCUAAACACUCAAAAUCCAGAAUAUCUAGAUAUCCGGCACUUAGAGAGGGGACUGCAGUACCGAAAGACAAAGAAGGUUGGAGGAAAUUUGCAUUGCAUCAUAGCAUUCCAGAGACUUAGCUGGCAAAGAUUUGGCCUUUGGAACUUUCCGUUUGGAACUAUUAGACAGGAAUCACAGCCUCCAACACAUGCCCAGGGAAUUGCCAAAUCUGAGAGCGAGGACAAUAUCUCCAAGAAGCAGCACGGGCGCCUGGGCCGGUCUUUCAGUACUGGUUUCCAUCAGGACUCGACGUGGAAAAAGAUGUCCAGUAUCCACGAGAGAAGGAACAGUGGCUACCGUGGUUACAGUGAUUACGAGGGGAAUGACUGA